CACCCUUGGUCUCGCCAGUCCGAUAACCGGCAUGAAAUCAGUUACAGGAAUGGUUGGGCCAAUGGCGAGGGACGUGGAUAGCCUGGCUCUGUGCAUGAGAGCGCUCCUAUGUGACGACAUGUUCCGCCUGGACCCCACCGUGCCACCCCUGCCCUUCAACGAGGAGGCGUACUCCAGUUCAGCCCCUCUUCGGAUCGGGUAUUACGACGGAGAUGGCUAUUUCCAGCCCUCGCCCAGCAUGAGACGGGCUGUCCAGGAAACCAAAAAGCUUCUCCAGGAGGCAGGGCAUACGCUCAUCCCUUUUACCCCGCCUCGGAUUGAUUACGUGGUGGACGAGCUUUUCACCAGAGGCCUCUUUUCUGAUGGAGCUGCAAAUCUGUUGGACAAAUUCAAAGGGGACAUUGUGGAUCCGACCCUGAAAUCGCAGAUCAACUGUUACCGUCUUCCCAUUCUGGUGAAGAAGAUUCUGGCCCUCAUCUUAAAGCCUGUGUAUCCACGAAUCGCCAGAGAUCUGAACGCGCUGUGCGGAGUGGG